CGAGAGGGGGAUUAAGCUAACCCGUCCUUCCCCCUGGAUCAAAUUUCUGUCCGGAGCUCAUCGAAGGCGUUGGUGGUGUCUCUCGCGUGCCUCUGCCCAGAUCAAGCUCUGUGUUCUUCUUCUUGAAUCUGAUCGCAUCAUAGCUCGUCUCCAACAACCAUAUUCACUAGAUUGCAUUCCAGUGGAGGCAGAGUAUCAGCAAUGGAAGUUGGAGGUAGCAGUAACGAUAAUAGGGGUGGUGACUCUAGGCGUACAUGGACUCAACGAGAGGAAGAAGCUUUACUGAUUAUCUUAGAUGAAGUUGUAGCUAGUGGGCAACGUUGUGAUACAGGGUCAUUUAAGCCUGGCACACUUACUAUGAUUGAGAGGCGAUUAUCUGAUCUGUGUCCUAAUUCGAGACUACGAGCCAAUCCACAUAUUGAGUCGAAGAUGAGAAAGUGGAAGAAGCAAUAUGGUAUAAUAUAUGACAUGUUGAACAAAAGUGGAUUUGGAUGGAAUGACUCUCUUAAAUGCGUGGAGGUUGACAGUGAAGAAGUUUGGCAAGCAUAUGUGCAGAGUGCCCCAAGUGCAAAAGGUUGGAGAGGAAAAUCUUUUCCUAUUUAUGAGAAGCUUGCUAAUAUUUUUGGGAAGGAUCGGGCAACCGGACAUGGAGCACAAACUCCAAUUGAUAUGAUCAAUGAAAUAAAUCUAGACACUGCAGAUGAACCAAUUGAUAAUGUCGAUUCUCCAAUGUCUGUGAAUCGAGGAGGUAGUGAACCAUCUACACAAGUCCAAGCAAGAGGUAAACGAAAAUCUAGAUCGAAGGACGAUGACAUUGUAGCCGGGUUAGGCAAUGCAGCACAGAAAUUAUUUGAUAAAUUGGCUGCAAAGUUAGAAAAAUCCGAGGCUUAUUAUCCACAAUAUUUAGCUAUGGAGCUUGACAGGUUAGGAUUUGAGGCCAGUGAUAACCUCAAAAUCUCUAAGGCAAUGAGAUCGGAUCCAUCGAAUAUAGAGGUUUUUAAGGUUAUUAAAAUGGAUGCGGGGAAGAUUGCAUAUGCUCGUGACUUUUUGGAUAACUAA